CUCUUGUUAAAAAAAAAAAUCAGUUUUCAGACAGAUUGCGUGACCGAGCGGACGACCUGGUGAAGAACUUCAGAGCAAAACCGCUUCUGACAUGCACUUUGAUAAAUCGCCAAAAGAGAAGCCGUGUUGCACUCUGCCCACAGUGAAGAAACUCUUGGAGGAGAAGAGAAGACGCGAGACGUCCUCGGUGCCGCCGUCCUGCUCUGCUGCCAGCACAAGCCCAGUUCCUCCAGCUACCGUUUCACUCUCCUCAUCAGAACCAUUUACCUGCACAGGUGCAACAAGCAGCUACUCAGACAUGGCAGUGAGCUACGAGCAGUGGGCUCCAGCCCCUGAGUCCACACUCAGCUACUACAGCAGCCACCCCGGACCCAGCUACGCCGCCGGCUACAACCUCCCCAUAACACCCGACUACAGCACACAGCAGCAGGUCCCGGGAUUUGUUGAGACAAUGCCCCAGACAUAUGAGUGUCAAAUGCCGAUCACAGAUCCCAGCAUGGCGUCGUCCUGGUCGCCUCUGGGUCCUGGUCAGAGCUCACAGCUGAGCUUUUGUCCGUCAAUGGACGCCACAAAGCUGGAGGAGGCCAGGAUGCUGCUCAACGGGAUGGACUACAGCAGAACCACCUGCCAGGAUGAAGACGGAGACACCAUCCUGCACAUCUACACUGCCAAGGGACUCAGGGAGUGUGCCUUCGCUGCUGCAGAGAGGCUCAGGGAAGUAGGGAGGAUGGAUGCCAAAGAACACAAGGGAAAGACGGCUUUACUGGUGGCGGUGACGGCAAACCAGCCAGAGAUUGUGCAAGAUCUGCUGUCAUUAGGCGCGGAUAUCAACGCCUGUGAUGUUAAAGGACAAACUGCCCUUCAUCUGGCUGCUCACUAUGGAUUCCCCGGAGUUCUGCAGGCGAUUCUGUCCAGAAGGCCGGUCGUCAACCUGGAAGCCCGCAACUUUGAAGGCAUGACUCCUCUGCACUGUGCAGCCAUUUCUCACGGUGUCACCAUGAAGGCUUUGUCUACCACCGGCCUGGCAGAUGUUAAUCUUCAGACCAAGGCUGUGGAGAAGCUCUCCUGUGUGCAGAUGCUGCUCAACGAAGGGGCGUCCCUGCUCAGCCAGGAAAUCAAAAGUAACAAGACCGUGCUUCACUUGGCCGUGAAAGAGGGGAACAUUGAUCUGGUGCGCUAUCUGCUGAGGAUUCCCCUGCCGAACAUGAAAGACUUUGUCAACAUGAAAGCUCACGGUCACACAGCUUUACACAUGGCAGCCGGUCUCCACGGUAACCCCCACCAGGAGGAGAUCCUGCAGCUGCUGCUGAGCAGAGGAGCUGAUCCCAGCAUCCGCAACCUGGAGAACGACCAGCCAGCUCACCUGCUGCAGAGCGGCCUGCAGGGAGAGCAGCUCAAGCUCAUGCUGAAGAAAAGGAGUGCUUCCUCUCGUCGACGUAUCCUGUCCUUGCAGGACCAGGAAUGAUUUAAAUCACUUGUAAUCCCCAUUUGGUGGGAAUGAGUCUUUAAGAUGGUUCCUCUGUUCAGAAGGGGAUUUACAUUCUAUGGGUAUGAAGUUUUGGGAGUCUCUGGCCUACAUUAACCUCAAGAAACAGUACAAUUGACAUUUUUAUUAGACAGCUUUAAUCUUAAAGCUGAAACGGUUACUUAGUGUGUGUGUAAAACUAUAGAGCUACACACAGGGUGAAGUAUUCAUCUGUACGUGUAGCAUUUCAUUCUAAAAUGUCAAAGCGAGCCUGGUGUUAAAUUUAAUGGCAAAAUGUAUAUUUACCAUUUUGAAAGAUAAAACUGAAACAGAGCAUUAGAUAUUUACUAAAAGUUGAAUGUCGUUGUUAAAGAUGGAGCAACAUUCAUUGUUCUGAUAGGCCACACUCCCAGGUUAAUGUUGAUUUCUAUGAAAUCAUGAGAUAAACUCCAGGACCAUGUCCCUGAAACCCCUCUGACGCUCUUCUUAAAACCCCCCAUCCAUACGUUAUCAUACUGAUACACUGAGUGGUGGUUCUGAUUUCAGUAAGCACGCAUGUUAAGAAUGUUUAACAUGAUAAUCUAUGACAUAAUUUAACUUUCUGUCUGUAUGCAUCAUACAUAUCUGUAUAACAUCAGGUGCAAUUUUCUUUGUGGGAAAAAGGAAACUUUACUGUGUAAAACUACUGUUUUUGAAACUGAUUGUGACAAAGAAUGUUCUUUUCUUAUCACAGAGACAUUACAUGAGUAAGUACGAUGACAAAUUGUCUGCCAGUUGUACCUUUUAGUCAUGAGUCACGAGUAAAAGUACAAUAACACUGUUUAAGUUCCAUACGAUUGCUUUGAUGUUCAGGGAACCCUUAGAGCAGUCCCAUUUACAUUUAGCUACAGAGAUUAGCGGGAUGGAAAAUACAACCGUCCCGCUAGAAAGUCGACGGCAGUUAAUUACACAAACAUCGAGGGAGUGUUUAUUUUUUCAGGCUCAAUUUCCACCUACCUUUACUGUCAUGACAAAGAACCUUAAUCACAGAUGGAAUGACUGUAAUUUAACCCAUACGCUUCUCGCCUAUGUGUCAUAGUUGAUAUCAAUCAAAGAUGACACAUAGCUGGUAAUUCCUGUGAAGCACAAAGAGCACAUCAAACUCAUACGUCAACCACAUCAUAUAUUUAACUGAAAUGCUUUUCAUUUCUCAAAUUUCUCCAACUUCGAAUAAUUUCAUAUGAUUCCUAAUUCAGAUUUUUUUGUGAGAUGACUAAAGACACUGGUAAAAAUCAUGUUGAGUUGACAAGAUCUUUAUUUGAUUAUAUAUUUUUUUGAGGCUUUACAAGGAAUUUUCAUUUUAAAUAAUUCCGCCUUCACUGAAAAACAUAAAAAAAUUCAAGCCAUUAUUGUUUUUUCAAAGCAAUCUCAGAAUGUAACACAUCACUGAAUGUUCUCAUUUAUCUUCCAUAAUAAUGCUAUUUCAUGUUAGCUUCUUGUGUUUGUGCUAUUUAUUUAUUGGUUUCAUUACUAUUCUAUUAAGCUAUUUCUGGUGUUUUUUUUUUUUUAAAUGCCUAAAAAAAAGUUGAUCAGAACAGAAUACACAAAAUAAGCAUGCAGUUGUUAACUCAUUGACACAAAAUGGACAAAUGUAUAAUUUUGUAAUCAUGCUCUUGAUUUUAUUGUUUGACAGCAGUAAAAUGUUUGGAAGAGAAACCACA